AACGGAGCCCAUUCUCCCCGCGCUCAUGCAUGACGUGUUAGUUUCUGUUUACUUUCGUGACUGGGUUUGGCGGUGAGGCGCAUCACGCCCAUAAAGAGUGUAGGCUUGAAGAUCCCCCCCCUGUACUUCUCCGGUUUACUCCCGUUCGCCGUAUACGCUCUCAUAAUUUAUGUUAGGCGGUUGCCUACAAAAACAGAGAAAUGCCUCUGACACAAAUUGAAUUUACCAUUCUUUUUGCCGUGGUUGCUGGAUUCUUAAUCUUCACUCCAGAGCGUCUCUUGCUGCUCCGCGGCUUUCUCUUCUGGGGAGCCCUUACUUUGGCAGCAUGGCACGGGCACGACUUUUGGAGAAGGAAUACAUGGGCCGAAAGAGUCGCUACCGCUUUCACCGCCGGUCGGGGCCUGCAUGAGAUUGCGAAUCUGGCACUGGACCAAGUUCCCAGUACCUGGAUGGGCUGGGCAAACUGGGUUCAACCAAAGUAUAUCAGUUUGGCCUUGGCCUUUUUCAGCUGGGCAAGAGGCGGUACUCGAGCGUAUGAUGGCUCAAACGGAACGGCCCCAGGGGCUGACUCUUCAACUCGGCCUACGCCCUGUCGCCAAAACUACCUCGCCAUUCUCGUAACGACACCUCCCAUCCACACCUACGGACCGGUCAGCGACCGCCUGUGCAACACGACAUCCGAAGAGCCGGAACCGAUCCCCUGGGCCUCAACGAGUACAAAUUCCAUUCCAUCCCUGCUAGCAUCUUUGGCAUUUAGGCGACAUUUCGCAGUCUGCCUCGUCGCCGAGGAGAACUGGAGAUGCACCACAACGACAUUGAAGGAGAAGUUGACGGGACAACCGUUCUGGGACCACUGUGGUGAUAACAUCGGGAGUCCUCCUGGCUCGAGAGCGUCUACGUGGAGUCCCGACCGCAUUAGCCAAAUCAAUGCCCUCCAGGUUCUAGGAGUCGUGGCUGGAGACCAGGAACCCACCGAGAUUUGUAACUCUUUUUACAUACAGCUGGACAACAUCUGGGGCGAGUAUCGCAACAUCUGGUGGAACGACGCCGACUUUGCACUCGCCCUCGGGCAUCUCCUGGUUGGCGAGGGCGAGGAAUCCGUGUGUUGCGACAUAAUGCGGCGCCGGAACAUGUUGAGGAAAACGGAGGUGACGGACCGGAGGAAUAAGGCGUGGGAAAGGAACCGGGCGGGGGGCAUGGGUGUGUUCGCGGGCGCGUGCGUAUUGACCGCCGUGACGGGAGGCGCUGCCAUCGCCGUCACAGGACCACUCAUGGCUGCUUCUUUCGCAUCGGCAGCCGGCUCUCGUGUCACGGCGCACACCCUGCAACAUUCUGAAGCGCGGCUUUGGUCUCGCAGGCGGGCGGCGUGUGACAAACUCGAAGAACGGUUCCCACGCCUGCAGCAGUUGUUCGCUGAAGAUAGCAUGCAGGUAUCGCAAGGAACGCACUGAUAAAGAAAGAGGGAAUCGGCAUCAUUAAGA